GGUCAACACGGCUUCGCGAUCGCAAACACAGCAAAACGUGCUCGGAAAAGUGUUUUGUAAACUUUUUUGUUUCGUGAAAUAAACGCCGAAUUAACUAAGCAUUCGGCAAAAUUUAACCACUUUAGCGCAACAUGGCAUCAAUGAGAAUCAAAAAACCUACUACCCGGCGCGGUAAGCGGGCACUGGAAGACAGGGAACCGAAAACAAUCGAAAACAUUAAGAAAACGCUUCUCAUGGAGGGUCGCAAGUGUUCGAAUGAAAUCCGGCAAGCCCUGAAGGAUUUGAAUCUGCUGAAGAAGCCCAACUCGCGCAUGAUGAGGCGCAACAACGACGUGACCCCGUUCGAGGAUGCCACUCCGCUGGAACACCUGGCCAAAACGAACGAUUGCCACUUGUUUCUGUUUGGAUCGUCAUCGAAAAAACGGCCCAACAAUUUGGUCAUGGGUCGCAUUUACGAGGAGCAAGUGCUGGAUAUGGUCGAGCUCGGAAUCGAUAACUACAAAGCGCUGGCAGACUUUAAGACGGAAAAGAUUUCACAGUUCACCAAACCGGUCAUCGUGUUCAACGGUUACAAGUGGAAGCUAACGGAGGAGUUGCGUCGAAUCAAAAGCCUGCUGCUGGACAUGUUCCGCGUGGGCGAGGUAGAGUCUAUUCGUCUGCAGGGGCUGGAGCAUGUUUUGAGCUUCACGCUAACGGACGAUCUGACGAUACUGGUGCGAUCGUAUCGCAUUAUGCUGAAGAAAAGCGGGCAACGUACUCCACGGAUCGAGCUGCUGGAGAUGGGUCCAUCGCUGGAUCUGUCGAUACGUCGCACAAAGAUCGCUUCGGAUGACCUGUACAAGACGGCCAUGAAACAACCGGCAAUUCUGAAGGCAGCCAAGCGCAAGAAUGUUUCGCGUGAUGAAUUGGGCAAUGUGCAUGGUAGAGUGCAUGUAGGCAAGCAGGACAUUAAUGCUCUGCAAACGAGAAAGAUGAAGGGUCUGCGGAAGACAGCGGACGAGAAACGGGCGGAAAAGUUGAGCAAGCAGAAGCGCAAUUCGAGGGGCGCGGAAGACGAAUCGAUGCAGGACGAUGACGGUGAUAACGCUUACGGCACAGACAACGAUCGCAUGGAUGCUGAUAGUGGACCGGAUGAGUAAAGAGCCAUGCGAGAGCAUUCAUUUGGUACAAUAAACUAUGCAGUAAGACUCCA